CUUUUGCCAGUUAAUGCAUAGCGCCUAUGUUGAUCUUCAAAUUGGCAAAAUACAUCAAGAUGGCGACCCACAGCACACUCGAGACGCCGGUGGCAAGUGUACAAAUUGAUGGUUUGGUUGUGUUGAAGAUCAUCAAGCAUUGUGAAGAGGAAGGAGGCAGCGAUGGAGAGAUGGUACAAGGGGUCCUUCUUGGCCUCGUCCAAGGUGACACACUCGAGAUCACAAACUGCUUCCCGUUCCCCAAGCAAUCAGAUGAGGAAGAUUUUGAUGAAAUCCAAUAUCAGAUGGAAAUGAUGAGGAAUUUACGGCACGUCAACAUCGACCAUCUCCACGUUGGGUGGUACCAGUCAACAAAGUAUGGCACAUUCCUCACCAAAGCCUUGCUAGAUUCACAGUACAACUACCAGCACUCCAUCGAAGAAUCCGUUGUCCUUAUUUAUGAUCCUGUCAAGACUUCUAAAUCCAGCUUGAGUCUCAAAGCUUACAGGUUAACGGAGCAAGCAAUGAGUGUAUACCAGGACAUGGAAUUCACAUUGGAGAGCAUUAGGAAAUCAGGGCUGAGCUUUGACAAACUCUUUGAGGAGAUUCCCAUCGUGAUCAAGAACUCGUACCUGGUCAAGACACAGAUCUGUGAAAUCGAAGGUCUCUCUACUGCUGGUGACGACAACUUCCUCAGCCUCUCCACAGGUACACUCCUUGAGAAGAAUGUGGAAUUACUAAUGGAUCAAGUGGAUGAUCUAUGGCAAGACACCAACAAAUUCUUCAACUAUCAGCGUUCUAUGGCAAAGACCAACCAGGCUAAGACACAACAUAUAAACAAACGGACCGCGGAGAAUGCAGCCAGAGAGGAAAGGCACGAGGCCCCUCUUCCAGAUGAAGAUUUAAGCAAGCUUUUCAAAGCCCCCACCAUGCCAUCGCGACUGGACACCAUGCUCCUGGCCGGUCAGAUGAAGAACUACUGCACGGAGAUCAAGCGCCUCUCGUCUCAGAGCUUCGGCAAGCUCUUUAUGGCUGAUGCCCUCCAACCCAAGCCAUCAUCGUGAGAUAACCAUCUCCCCUUCUCCUUCUCCUUCUCCCUUUUCACUUCUCCCUUUCCCCUGUCCCUUCCCCCGUUAGGAUGAGAGAUAACAUAAAGCCCAUCUGCUCUAGUUUGGCCAGGAGGGAUAAGACCUCCCUGCAUGGUCACUGACAGGUGAUUAUCUCAUCAAAUCAGCUGUCAAUUACCAUAAGAAAAAGAGGACCAUGAGGGAUCAACGGUCACCACUUAGCAUUGUUUGCUAUAUAGAGGGCGCAGGUAGCUAUAAGUAGUGCAGUGGGUCUUUAAACAGAUGGAUUGAGCUAUAGAGCAAGGGAUAUCAAAUUAUCACCAAACACAUAUCUUUUGAUGUUGGAACUAGAACAUUUCAAAUGCUCAGGUUUUAGGCUCAUAGAGUAUCCAGUAUUACCUGAUCUAGCAUUUGGUAAACUGGGCAGCAUUUCAUGUUACCGUCAUAAGUACUAGUUUGCCAACAACCCAUUGAAACGCGCAUAUCAAACUUAACACAAGUUUCAAUGGGAUGUUGGUGAACUUUUCCUAAUGAUCAUUUCAUGAAAUGAUGCCUGAUUUCCUACUACAUUAUGUUUGAAGUAUUCAUUUCAAAAUAUUUCAACCAUGAGCCAGAAAUGUUUUAAAGAUAUUGAGCCAUUUCAUCUGUGGUAUUGGUGUUAUGUAUGAGACGGGUAAAGAGGCCUUACAAAUUGGCUUUUGAUGCUCUUGACACUAUUUCGAAAGAUCCAUAUGGAGCACAUUUUGAACCUGUUUCAAAAAAGUUAUCACUUUUAUUAGUUUUUACAGAAUGAUCAUUUUUGAGCCGAAACUUAACCCCAAGUUCUUAAACUGAAUGGACUUUAUCGAGAAUUACUAGAAUCCAUCUUUAUAUGUUUUGCAUACAUGGAAAACCUCAUUACUAAUAAACCCCUCAAAAGAAGUUUAGAAUCUCCAGUUUGAUUGAUUAUAUCUAUCUUCUGGGAUAAUUAUCGUUUUGUUUAGUACAACUAGACGGUACAUAUGUUGUUUGUUUAUUCCUCUUUCAAAUGAUACCAUUUUAUCCUUGGUAGAAGUUUCCAUCGCUUUAUUUAUUAUGUGGCUCAGAUUCCCCAGCAUUUUAUGUCGGACUGUAAAUUAGAUUAGUCUUUGGUUGGAAGCUCUCAAAUUAUGUGAAUUAAAAGAAAUAUCAGAUUUGUUGAUAGUUUUGAAUGAGUCGAGAGGUAAUGAUGAAAAUAUAUUUGUAUUUCUAAUAUGUGGGAGAUUCACAAAUUCCCUCAUAUUUAGUCAGUAUCUAUAAUAGUCUGGGCCGGUAUUCAAUUUUAUACUUAAAGAUAAAGUUGAAUUCUGGUCAUGAG